AUGGUAACAGCGAUCCGAAACUUGGGUCGGUACAUUUGGGUAAAUGUUCCAAAUAUGAAUCCUAAUGAAAUAGAUCCUGAAAAGUUAGUUGCCUUUGACCUUUUGGCAGGAUUUGUAAUUGCAACAAAACAUUAUCUUCGAGAAGAAGAUGGUACUGAAUUUUCUGGUGUCCGUUUAGAUAUUCAACCAAUGGGCAAAUUAAAAGAUGCUGAUAAUAAAGCUAGACUCAAUAAAAUACUUAGUCGUCUUCAAGGUUAUAGAAAAAAGCCAACACUGGAAAGACAGUUAACUAGUACUGAAUUAGUAGUUAAUUAUAAUUUACCACUUGAAAUUGCCAUGUAUUUGAAUUACUAUAUCUCUCAAUUGAAAAAAAGGCAACCUGAUACAAAAAGACCAGAUGAUAUGUCAAUCACUCAAAUGUACCUAAACGUUGCCACUCUUGUAGAUUGUUUAACAAGUUUAGAGAGGGUUCUUAGAUCUCCAAUUCCUUUGGCAUACGCUAUUCAUCUUUUACAAACUACCUGGAUAUUCUGUUUGUCACUUCCCUUCCAAUUAGUUGCUGACCUUGAAUGGGUCACUUUACCUAUAGUAUUUUUAGCUUCGGUCAUCUUAUUAGGUGUUGAAGAGAUCGCAAGAGAGAUCGAAAAUCCAUUUGGUACUGAUCCAAAUGAUCUAGCUCUUGACGAUUUCUGUGAAAUCCUUAGAAUGGAAUUAAAUUUUGUUAAGGGUCAUGAAGCUAUUGAAGAUCAAUGGAAAAAGUCAACUGAAAAAAAGUUAUCUGAUAUUAAAGGUGUUAAAGAAUCGGAAAUUUCUGUCGCAAUAAAUAU